AUGGCAACCAGGUGGGGGAUCUGCAGCGCCGGCAAGAUCAGUCAUGACUUCAUGGUGGCCAUGAAAACACUUCCACCUGAAGACCACCAGGCUGUGGCUGUGGCUGCCCGCAGCUUAGAUGAUGCUAAGAAGUUUGCCAAAACACACAAUAUCCCUCGGGCGUAUGGCAGCUAUGAGGAGUUGGCUAAAGAUCCAAACAUCGAUGUAGUAUACAUCGGCACUAUCCAGACCAACCACCUGAGUUCCUGUUUGCUCUUCCUCAACGCCAAGAAGCCCGUUCUGUGCGAAAAGUCCUUGGCCAUGACAACGAAGGAAGUAAAGGAGAUCUUGGCCUGUGCAAAGAAGAACAAUGUCUUCCUCAUGGAGGCCAUUUGGGCCAGAUUCUUCCCAGCCUACCGAGAGAUCCGGCGGCUGAUCGCCCAGGGAGAAAUCGGCGACGUAAGGAUGGUCCGGUCAGAGUUCGGUCUGUCCGUGCUGCCUCUGCCUAGACUGGAGCUAAAAGAACUCGGCGGAGGAGCGCUGCUGGACAUUGGCCUGUACCCGCUGCAGUUCUCCCUCAUGGUGUAUGGCGGAGAAAGGCCCGAGAGCAUCAAAACUGAGGGAGUCAUCCUGGAUACUGGAGUGGAUGAAACCUUGGUGGUGACUUUGAAGUUCUCCAACAACAGGAUGGCCGUGUUCACCAGCUCCUCAGGUCUGCAACUUCACAACGACGCCAUUGUGGUUGGCAGUAAGGGGUUAAUCCGGUUCCCAUCUCACAUGUGGUGCCCUGAGGUCAUGGUGGUGAAUGGGAAAGAAACCAAGUACCCCCUCCCGGAGCCUCACUUGCCACUCAACUUCGUUCACAGCACAGGGUUGCGCUAUGAGGCGGAGGAGGUCAGACAGUGUUUGCUCAAAGGAAUGAAGGAGUGUCCCAUUGUUUCACAUGCAGAUUCUCUGUUGCUGGCUGAAGUCAAAGAGGAGAUUCUUAAACAAGUUGGGGUGACGUAUGACUGA